AUGUCGGUGUCGCAGCCUAACGAUCGCUCAGUUUUGAAAUCUGGCCUUGGCAAGCUGUAUAACGCGGAGACUCAGUCUUGGAUCAGGCCUAUCUUCGAGGAUAUGGCAUCACAAAGCAAGGCCCUCAGAAUAAUCGGCAUCGCUAUCCAGAGCUAUGUCGAUGAUGGGUGCGAUGACCUGUCUGUAUCUUCCAUGGAACGUCUUGACCUUGCGCUCCGAACAUUCCGCGCUGAGCUUGCUAGCCAACAUAACGACAUUAGGGCAUCAACUGCCUUUGCCGGUUUGAUGGUCUGCUCUUUGUGUGUAAACUGA